CUGUAUAUGUAUUGUUUAAGUAGGUUCUGAGCCCUCAUCAAAGCUCCUAGGAAAAAAUGUUUUUAACUAUUCUACUAAGUCGUUUUUGAUAUCCCAGCGAGCCAAAGCUGCUCUGCGUUUUUGCAAUUCUCUAUUGUGCAAGAAAAAACAUGACUGGUGCUUCCGUUCUCGUUUUUGUUGAUGUGCUUCCUGCGUACGUCCCGUGGUAUGAAGAAGAAGAAGCGGCGGACAACAAUUGGUGGCAGAAUGAUCACGACCAGGCCCAAGCCGCGAUCGAAGGGCUGACACUCGGCGCGACACUGAGAUACCAGCGGAGUGAGGACUAUCCAGAGAUUGCACGCUGCACGCUGAGGUCAGCGGAGGAUCGAGACGCACUGAUAAAAAGGCUAGAAAGAAGCGGCGUGCAGCUUCUGACUCACUUCUGCGCGUUCGCCCGGGUAAUAUCUAGCGAGGCCGAGGAGGUAAAGCAGCUUGAUGCACUGACGGAGAGAAGGGACAACGCGCAGAAGGGCAUUGCGGUGCUGGAAAAAUCUUUUGGCGGCAACCUAGAAGAAGCGCAGGCAGCUUGCACAAAAGUCACGGAGGCCGAUUUCGAUAAAGUGGAGAAGGGGCUGGAAGCGUUUGGCGAAGCCUGUUCCGCUGCGGAGAACUUUGUCGGACCCGGCGAUGAGAAUGCUGGUGGUGCUGAAGUUGGAACUGCUGUGAAGUUUCACAGGAAGCUACGGACAAUUUUCAAUGAAAUUCGCGAGCAGCACAAGAGACUGAGCGAAAAACUCAAGGCCCUCCGUCUUAAGUGGUCCGAAGCAGUGACGUCGCUCAAGCCAUUAGGUAUGAUAGUCAGUUCGUGACUUUUAUUUUCGAAAGACCGUCAGUACAAUAACCUUUUCUCUUCUUGAGGUACAUGUGUACGUCACGCAUCAUGGUUACUAGACUCAAAAUACCACAUCGCAGUGCCGGCAGGUGACCCACGGGAGAAGGCAAUCGAAAGAGGUCCCCCAGCAAGGCAAUGUAUCGAGAUCGACGAUGGCAACAUCUCGAAAGAUUUCCACAGGGCGGUAUACCUACAGUAUCCAGAUAAGUACGGAGCCGGCGGCGCGGGUUUUUCCAAGUUCCAGCAGCAGAGGGACGACCGCUACGUGGCGAAUGCAUUGGAGGCAAAUUUCGGCGCAGUGCUUUGGUUUGAGCGCGCAGCCCCGCAGUUCGAAAAACCACGGGACGCGGUGGCCGUGCUCUCGACUGCGGAGGCUGCGCGCGCUGCCGCGGCGGCCGAGCCGAUUGCUUUGCCCUCGUCGGAGAAUCAGGGCCCGGGCAGUGCGGGCGUCGUGAGAGUCGAGCUCUACACAGAAGUGCGGCGGACGCUGUUGGGCACAGUAAGCGAGACACGGAGUCCGGCGGUCGACGCGUCGCCUCCUCCUGCCAGCGCGACAUCGGCGAGCGGAAGUAGCAACCACGGCCCGCAGAAGCAACGGCGCGAGGCACAGGCGCGCUCUCAACAAGACACCCCGGCGGGGGCAUCUGCGUCACGUCAAGUUCCGCAGGAACAGCGGCCGACCCUGUUGCAGACUGCUCACGCUGACCUAACAUCGGAGAUUUUGCGUGCUGUCCCUGCUGGAACAAAGUCAUCAUCUUCGAGUAGCGAGAAUAAUCAACCCUACGAAUCUGUACGGAACCGGUCCGAGAAACGCAGAGAUGGCGGCACACACAAAUCCCAUGUGCACGGCAAAGAGGAAAGCAGAGAAAGAGUACAAACAGCAAGUGGCUCUAGUACACAGAAGCCCUCGACACGUGAGUUCAACAAUAUGCACUUGAACGAAAACACAAUUGCUAGUAACGGUUUUGUAAACACCGGUGGGAGCGCAUCUUCUUCCUUCUCCACUUCGAAACCUUCCCGAUGUGACGAAUCUACAACAUUCCACCUCCACCCGCCGGCAUCUGAAAAAGUUGCCAAGGCCAAAAGGAAGACGAUAGCAGGAGAAAAAAAUGAACAACCUGCAGCCGCGAGCAGUACAAAGAAAAAUGUGACUUUGCCGCAGCAAUCUGUUUCUGGAGCGAGGGAAGGAGACACUAAAUCAAAAAAGCGACCAGAGGAAGAGGUCAACCCAGAACCCACAGCGAAGCGGCGAGCCCUUGAUGAGCCUCAGCACGCCAAGCUCGGACAAAAAAGCUCGAGUAGCUCUGCCUCGGUCUCCGCGGUGCAAAUUCUUGACGUGGCGCCGGCCCAACGAGAAUCCGUGGGAAGCAAAGGAGGUAGUGACUGACUUCUUUUCGAUCUCGUUUCGCGUUUUCCUUCAGGGGUAUGAUUUUGCUUCAACAUCGCCCGAGUCUACUACUAAUCUCCUGCAAAAUCAAACGUCACAGGUAAGGAGCAAGUUUUGACGGAGUCGGAGAAGCGUGAUAUUGAUGAAAUCACAGCGCUGGACUUGGCCCAGGCAAAAGAGCUCUGCGGACAACGAAAGCUCGGGAACGUGCCGAGCGAGCGGUCGGCGCGGCUCGUGUGGCGUUUGUUGUCGCACUCCUUUCCAGGGGCGGCGAAGCAGCUACUGGUCUACGGGUACCUGGCAGAAGCGCAGCAGGCCGAACUGUCCGUCAUCGCCGACCUCUGUCCGCAGUUUAGCCGCUACCCCUUGAAAUCGGCGAUGUACAAGGAGCAGACCCAAAUGUUCAGGGGCAAGAGGAAGAAGGUCGACACUCUGACCGCUAUCAUGGAACACUUGCUAGAUGGUGUGUAAAGAUCGAUCGAACUUCAUGGGUUGGAGACUCCCGUCGAUUCCAUUUUCCAAUCAACCCUUGUCAACAUUCGCGCGCUGUGCGGCGUUCUUUUACGCAAUUGAAUUUUCAGCGCUUUUGGACCGUCUUUGCAGGCGCCUUCCCUCUAUUCGCAACUCCUGCUGGUGC